AUGGCUCAAGAGAGACCCCCGAAAUGCGAUCCAGCUCUGCAUCAAUGGCGAGCACGCGAUAUCAUCCAGCCACUUCAUAACAGCAUUCCCCGAGAGCUACUGGCUCGAUUUGAUCCUAUCUACAUUGAGUACUACUACAGAAACAACGUGGGCCGUCUGCACACCCACGAAGUACCCAUUGAAGAGUUCCGAAAGAACCCAGCUCGGUACACGAUCUCCUACGGGCGUGAACAUGGCCCGGAUGUCUAUUGCAUCUCAGAGCAAAAGUGUCCUGUGCAGAGAGGAGAGAUUACCAUUCGAAUCUUUGAACCUGCACCCAAGAUGGAUGCACAGGGUCAGCCGAAGAAGCGAGCAGCUUAUGUGAACUUUCACGGGGGUGGAUGGGUGUUUGGAGGUCUGAUGGUUGACCAUGACUUUUGCAAAAGAAUCGUCCACGACCUUGAUGGGGAGGUCGUUGCAUUCGAUGUGGACUAUCGGCUUGCACCUGAGAAUCGGUAUCCGAUCCCCGUGGAGGACUGUUGGGGUGCAUUCAACUGGAUUCGUUCCCAGAAAGCAGUCGAAUUCAACCUCGACCCAGACCGAUUCGCUGUGGGCGGUGCAUCUGCUGGAGGCCAUCUUGCCGCGGUCGUCGCCCAUCUCUGUCGCGACGCGAGCAUCCCUCUACGACUGCAGGUAUUGACCGUUCCAGCCUGCGAUUUGCAUAGCACCUUUACCCCGGAGGGUGUAUUUGAUCGCAAGAACACUCCGUACAAGUCAUACCGAGAGAUGGAGUUCACGCCUGUUCUUCCAGCGGCGCGAAUGGCGUACUUUCACCGGCAUUUCCUCGGAGUGCCUCGACCAGCACCAUCCGAAGAUGACUGGAAGAUCUCGCCCAUGUUCGCCCCGAAUUUCUCGAACCUGGCCCCCGCACUGGUGUCGACCGCGGAACUGGAUCCCUUACGCGACGAGGGUGAACUUUACGCAUCUAAGCUCGAGGAUGCGGGCAAUCGAGUAGCGAUCAAUCGAUAUCUUGGCGCUCCACACACGUUUGCUGGACUGGAUGGCAUCCUGGACUGUGGGCGCGAUUACAAUCACAGCGUGGUUGCGGCGAUGAAGGCAGAGCUUCUCGCAUAG